CAACCCGACGUCUUGGAGCAGAAGCUAAGGAUCAACAGAAAGUAACUUGAAGACUUUCACAAACAUGGGAUCACAAGGCUGCCUCAUAUACAAGGCCUUCGUAACGUCAUUUGUUGCCAACAUAAUUAUGAUUAUGGCACUUUGACCUGCCCUAAAGCUAGACUGAGUUUCACUUAAGAUAUUAUCGUCAACCAAGUGUUUCUUCUUACUUCUGUACAAUGCUUAUAUCAGAAUCAAAGAUCUCAGCAACAGUAGAAAGUAGUUUUCUUAAAUUAUUAACAAGCUUCUUGAAUAACAGCAGCUGGAUAUGUGGAAGUUUUUGACAUUUUGCCAUGUUAAAACCACAAACUUUUAAUGGGAUUAUAUGAGAGAGUGAUAAAUCAAGUUUGCUCCAAAGAAAGAUGACUUAAUAGAUUUUAUUGAAACCUAAAACAACACAUCACUCUGACAAUCACCAACAACAAAAUCUAAUCCUGUGACCUAUCAAAGGUUUAAUCAGUUAUCAAAGACCAUACACCUCCCCACUUUUUGACUACUUAAAAGUGUGCUUAUAUUUUAUAUGGAUGUCUGCUCUGUGGGUGUGUGUUCUUUUCAGAGUGAGGGCCUCUGGGGGGCAAUGGGUAAAAGAUGCAAAGAGGGUGAGCAUCUAGAUUCCUUGACCAGAUCAUGUGUCCCCUGUCGCAUAUUAUGUCAGCAACUGCCUACAUCCCCCAGUUGUGCCGUCUAUUGUGAGGCUGCACUCUGCAGGGCUAAGCCCGGCCACUACUACGACAGGCUGGUGAGGAGAUGUAUGAAGUGUGCAGACAUUUGUGGUAAACAUCCAGCAGAGUGCUCCCCACACUGCCCGACCCAGUCACCUCUGACGGUGACCAAAAGACUCCCUACUGAAGUUAGCAAACAGGCCGUGAACACCAAGCCACCUCUAGGACCUUUGGACCCUGCCAUCCAAUUGUACGCCCUCCUAGGUUUAUGCGCAAUACUGCUGCUUUCCAGCCUGUGUCUCGCUUUGGUUGUGUUUCUGAGGAGAGGAAAGGCCAAAAACUCAAACACCAAACCCACAAGUACCAAAAACCAGAAGCAGACGAGUGCUGUUCAGCCAGGACAAGAGUCUGGCUUUCCAGAAAGUCAGACCGGAAGAAGCCUCAAAGAUUGUCCAUCCAGCUCAUCCUAUCCCCUUUACCGUGAGUCAUCAGAGGACUCCUACCCAACGGAGACCUGUGUCUGCGUCCACUGUUUCCCUGACCUGAGGGGGCUCAGCCAGGACAGCAACAGACAGCAGAGACCAUCCUAUUCAUUCUACCAGCAGGGCAUCCUUCAUAGAGCCCACAUCCAAAACGGAGGUUCCCUGUGGACAGGGGACAGCUUGAGUGCUUCGGGUUCAAAAGCCCAACAGGAGGCAGCGGUGGGAUGAGGUCCGUCUGCAAAACUAGAGCUGGAGGAUUUCUACUUGGAAUAUUGGAGGUUGCUAGUUAAUGCACAGUUGACUGAUAAGGGAGUGCUCAGCUGUAAAACGCAGAACUUUGUGGUGACCUGCAGUAUUUUAGGCCUAACAAGCAACCAUGAUACUUUGUUCAAACUAAGAUCUAACAACGCCUGUAGCAGACACAUGAAACUUAACUUUAAGGGAUACUUUUACCUCAUGUUUCUCAAAACGUAACAUCUGUUCUGACAUUUUUCUGUAUAGUUUCUCCAUGACACCACUUAAAAUACAGUUGAGGAGCAACAAGGCAACUCUGGUUACACUGGCUUGCAACGACGUAAAAUAUCACAUUUUGUCACGCUACAAACACAGACUUAGUGGAUUUUAUUAAGAUUUUUGUGGCAAACCAACAAAAACAAGUAAUUAGUGAAGUGAGGGUAAUAUUUUCUUAAAUGUAGUAAAGUAGACCCCCGCCCAUUUUGACAUUUAGUAUUCAGUCACCUUUUUUUGCUGACUUUUUUUCCUAGAGCAUAUCUUACAUAUUCAAAAGAAAAAAGAUUUUGGGAAGAUGAAAUACUUUGAUAUGAUGCUACUUGACGUGCAAAGUAGCCAAUCCAGGAGCACCAUUCAUUUUACUUGCCACUGAUUGGAAGCCCCCCCAAAAAGUAAAGAUAAGGAAGACAGUAGAUGCUAGCAUCUGGGAAUGAUGCUAAGAUAUAUUAAUAUAUAUGAAGGUAUAUUCCAUUUUUCGACCAUUAAAAUAGGCAAUUAUGAAUGUUUUAAGAUGGGGAGUCUGAAGUAUUCACAGAUUUUAAGUAUUCGCAGGUGGUCUUAGUCCUUUGCAAAUAGCAGAGGUCGACUGUACCCAACGUUUGGCAGCAUUUUUCCUCAAAAUCCCAAUAAAUCAUGCUAAAGUUUGUUUUAACGUGACAAAGUUUAUUUUCAAUGGUUCAACUCUAUGUAAAGUGCUUUGCUACGUUUUCAUAGGCAUUUGCUUGUCUGCCCAAGAAAACGAAACAUGACAAAUAA